AAAUUUUUAUUCUGAGUGUCCAGUUUGGAUGACCAUUUCGUACAUUGAAUUUAAAUGUUCAUUUUGAGUGUCCACUUUGGACGAUCACUCUGGACGAACACUUUGGAUGUUUACGGAGGACACGGAGUUAAGAUGAUCGUUGUAGCCGCUGAUUAAAUUCGUUCAUAAAAGGAAUUCGUAAAAGCAGAGGGUAUUGAUGGAAGGACUUUUUUUAUGUCGAAUGUUACGAUCGUUAGGACGGCGCCAGUGUUCCAGAUAUUAAGAAACACGCAGCCAAAGCAACCCUUCAAACAGUCGAUCCGACGGAAUUUAUGCACGGCAUCCUGCUGAGAUUACGUUUGUGCUCCCCUCACCCCCGGCCCUCCUCUCCUUCGUUGCUCCUUUCAUCCCCUAGGCGAUCCUAUUAUGCAGGCCAUGUACGGGCUUGUAUGAUUAUUGUAUUUCUGUCUAGUAGUCGUGCUCGGGAUAUCUUCUCUCGUCUCUGUUCCCUUUCUGUCCCUGGUUAUGUUGCCUCACUGCUUUCACGAUGGCAACGACGGGACGUGAAUUGAAGGAUCGUGCGGUCAUUCGCGUUGGUCACUGUCUUUUAGGUGGAACUCUGUGUGUUCAGCGUUUUGUGGGUUCUGAGGGUUUCGCGGAGAAUUAUACCGAAAAAAGCGUAUAACAGUUUGUGGCAAAAAUUUUAGUAGAAAUUUAGAAGAAUCUUAAGCAAGAAUUUUCUAUCGAAAAUAGUGGAACUAACGGUGUAACGUGAGACACUUUUUCCCCGAUCCGCAACAAUUAACUUCGUUCGAUGAAAAUCACGGUGCAUUUAUAACGAUGAAUUAAUGGGAACAUGGAUGGUCGUUCGGUCUCGUAUAAUCAAUAAGUCGGGCCUGUUAUAUGAAACCGUUUGAUAUACAGAACGACCGAGUCGUGGAAUAUGAAUGAUCUAGUUGGCAAUAAAAUCUCGUUCGAUAACUGGAAAUUAUAAUCAAUAUUCUAACAGGUAAAUAUCGCUACGUGUAACAGGAAUUCUGUAAAGUUCCAAUAACGUUACCGCGUUAGUAAAGGAUUCGUAAGAAGCAGAAAUAUCGAUGCAUGCAAAUGCUACGCAAAUUCUACGACAGUUUAUACCCCGAUAAUUUCCAUCUCAUUAAUACGAGCAGAUAAUUCAUGCGUCGGAAAAGAUAGGAAGUAAACUCGUCACAGAACGUUUAGCCAACCACAUUCUAAGUGACGGAUAUGUUCCAUCGUUUCGUACUACAAUUGCAAUCGUUCGAUUAAACGGUUCGUUCGAUCACUGGCUGCGGUUGAAACGUGAAAUAUGCCCGGUCCAUCGCGCAAUAUCGUUUUGUAGCAGCGCGAAACAGGUAAACAACUGAGCCUCGAAAGCAACAGGAGAACGGACCACGGCCCUGGAUGAAUCUGAGACUGUUCCUGUGGACGAUAUUGGGGUUAUUCGUGGUCUUGGUGGGCUGUUUCAUGGCCGGCAUCUGCAUCUCCACGGCCGAUCAACUGACUCAACAAGUUCGUCAAAUUCUGGUCGAAGGUAUGAGGAGGUAUCUUGCGGACGUGACAUGGAAACGAAGGAUAGAUAACAUGCAAGUGCAAAUGCGAUGCUGCGGAAUAGAUUCCUCCGACGAUUGGCAUAAGACAUAUUGGCUGCAACGAGACCUUCUUGUGCUGGAUUCACCCGAUAUCUUGAGGUACGCCAAGUUGGAUGGUCGCGUGACGCCGCCGGUGGUGCCGUGGAGUUGCUGUCGAAUCGACGUAAAGGGUCCCUGCUAUCACGAUCCUCUUCAGCUGCCAAAUCCGGAACAGAAUUCCACUUACGACAGCCUGAACGCUCGGGGCUGUCUCAUCGCCAUGAAGACCUUGCUAAACGGAACGCUGUAUUCCGUGCUGCCGCUGGUCUUCUGUCUGUUUGUGUUGCAGAUUGCCGUGACAGUAUUAUCGAGACUUGACUUUACGUCGGCAAGAAACGCGGUCGCCCUUGGGAAUCGAUGGUCAGCCUCUCCUGGCUGGCUCUAUGGUCGUCUGGAUUUUGGAAACGCAAGCGGACCUAAUCUCUGCCAAAUCAAUCGAAAGCACAGCGGACGAGGCGAUUCGAUGAUCGACCUGAAGCCUCUUGUUUACUCGAGUGACACGGAAUGAAAAGAGUCUGGACCGUACGAAUCAUAUUUCCACGAAGAUCCUCUUAACAAAACGUGACUGCUAUUGUAAAUAAAGUGUUUAUAUGAAGAAACGAGUUUUGUGAUA